AUGUCUCGUGCCUCUAAGCUGACAUUGGCCGCUACCGGCUUGGGUGCCGCGGGAAUCAUCUGCUUUGUACACUGGGCACAAGAACAAGACAAAGCUUCAAUGCAUAAAGGGGUCGAGCGUGAUAUGGAGAAGCAACGUAUUCGACAAGAACGGCAAGCUGAGUUCGAGCUUCAGCGAAGGCUUGAAGAAGAAUAUAGGAAACUACAGGCGGUCUCUCCAAGCAUAGAAGAGCAAAGCGGAGGAGUGACGAACCAAGGGGGAGGAGUAUAG